ACCUUCAUCAUCACUUCCGCCCGUCAUUUGCAACCUAAAUGGCUGGUGUCUGUGUGAAAAAUUAGCAUUUUUUCUAAAUUUAUUGAAAUGUCUGAAGGCGAGAGCAAGAAAUUGUCGGAAUUGCGUGUAGUGGAUUUAAAAGCCGAGUUGGAAAAACGGGGUUUGGACCAAAAAGGAAUCAAACGAGAUCUGGUGGACCGCCUUCAAAAGGCACUGCAAAGCGAGGGGUUGGACCCCGAAACGUACUGCUUUGAAAUCGGGGAGAAGAAACCAGUUAAGAGGCUUUCAACUUCGUCAUCUUCUUACCAAGGGGAUGACAAUGUUUGUACUGAAAAGACUGAAACUGAUAGCGACGCAAAGGAGGAAGAGACAAAUGUUGUCACGAAAGAGGAAACAGAGGAACAAGUUGGUAGUGGAUCGAAUAAGACUGAUGCGGAGCCAGAAACCAUAAAUUUAACUUUGGAAGAGGAGGAAAAUAUUCCCGAAGAGAGCGCCGAGCGGGAGAGUAAGAAUUCUGGCGAUAAAAUAGUUUCCGAUGAGAAGCCAACAACACCUAAACAAGUCCAGAUGGAAGAGUCGACGUCACCCACUUCACAGCAGGCCUCCAAGAAAACGCCAGAAACACCAGGGACUAGCCCUAGCAAUGGAGCGGAAGAACCGAGUCAGAAGAAGGCCCAGUCAAACCCUCGCCUACUCUGGAUUACUAACGUCCCUAAAAACACGCGCGCUAACGAACUCAAACAACUGCUUUCGUCUUGUGGAAAAGUCGUUUGCGCUAAAGUCGUCGUUAACGCAAGGUUUCCCGGAUCAUGUUGCUUCGGAUACAUCACAAUGGGAUCGGCUGAGGAUGCGGCUAAUGUCAUUUCCAAACUAAAUAAUACCGAAUUUAACGGACAGAUUAUCAAGAUUGAUAAAUUUGAGAAUAUCAAAUCGGAUAUUAAUCCGACACGGAAAACUAAAAGCGAAGAAAAUAAGAAAUCACAAACGAGUGAAAAGAAGGAGGAUAAAACUAAGAAAAGUCCAGAGGGCAAAGAAAAGAAUGAAGAGAAAAAUGAUGAUAAUGAGAAAGCGGCGAAAAGUCCAGCCAGCCCUGAAAGAAGGAAGUCCUUAAAUUCCGACCGAUCUAGUCGCGGACGCAGACGUACCACCUCAAAAGAGCGGCAGAAAGAAAGGCCGAUGCAUCGCUCCACCUCUCGAGGGCAUAAGUCCAGUGUCCUAACUUUCGACAAAAUUAAAGAGGAACGAGAGCGGCAGCGCAUGCGCGAGCGCGAACGCGCCAUUCGCGAAGAGAGCCGACGCCGUCGAGAGGAGGCAGAGCGCAUGCGCGAAAUGCGUGAAAUCACCCGUCGCCAGAAAAGCGAAGCAGACCGAUUAGAACGCGAACGCGAGAAAUUGCGAAUCGAACGCGACCGAAUCGAGCGCGAAAAAAGCGAAUUGAUUAAACUGGAGCGAGAGCGUCAACGAAUCGAACGCGAGAAGCUAGAAAUGGAAAAAAUGGAGUUACAAAGGUCACGUUUGAGGCUUGAGGAGGACCGCAGGGCUGUGAAACGUCCACUUCCUGUGCCCUACAGACGGGAGGACACAUUCGAGGAGCGAAAACGUCCAAACAAUGUGCGUCAUUUUGAGGACACAACGCCGCGGUUUGAACCGCCGCCGCCGCCUACUCCGGUGCAACAGAAGAAGUUUGCACCUUCGAAAGAUUUUAAACGAAUGUCCUAUGAUAAGCAUGAGUCGUUUUCGGACAAACGCAGGGAUUAUAAUUCGGACAGGUCGCAUCCAGGGUCGUCGGUUAGGUCGAACCCUUCGGUUAAUCGGUAUGAUAACGUCAGAGGGCGCGAUUCGCGGGAUGCGCCAUCUAGGGACUCGCAAUCGAACUUGAUGAGGUCGAAGGAGCGGUACAAUGAGAGGGACAGGAGCCCCCAUUUUAGGCCCCUUGGGGAGAGCAGGGACCGCCAUAGUUCGUCUCAGGGGAAAUCAGAUCGAGAUCAUCACUACUCAGAACAAAAUUCUGAUCGUUGGAACCACCCAACUAACUCACAAUCGAAGUUCGGUUCAAAUAACCAAAAGCCUUGGUCUGGCAAAAGCAACUGGCGUCCAGACCCACCUACGGUCGACAGAUGGAACUCAAGUAGGUCUUCAAUGAAUCAACAGUUCUCUGGAAAUUCCAAUAUGGCGCCGACUUGUCCACCCCCGCCAGGAAUUAAUAAUUAUUCAGAUCGAUUCGACUACAAGUCCAGUGGACUUAGAAAAUAUUAAUUUUGUAUUUAUUAGCCACCUGUUUUUUUUGUUUGUUACAAUUAAUUAUGUGUUUGACCAAUUUAAUAAAUAAUAUUUAAAGUAA